AUGAGAAGUUUGAGGGCCUGGGCGAGCCUGCUGCGCUCUGCAGCUCCGCUCUCGGGAUCCCGAAGAUGCGGGAGAGGGGGGGCAGCGGCAGCAGCAAAACAGCAGCAGCAGCAGAGCAGCAGAACGGAGCGCUGCAGCCUUACGAGUCAACGAGGCUCACCCAAGAGUCUCAGGAGAAGGCCAGGAGGGGGGGCCUCGACCAACAGAAGCAGCAGCAGCAGCGGCAGCAGCAGCAGCAGCUGCAGUUGCUGCUGCUGCUGCGCUUUCGACAGAGGCUCGCUCCCACAAAAGCCUGCCUCUACUGCCCAAAAAGGUCAAAUCCAAGAAACGAAGCAGUAA